AUGGAGUGUUGGAAAGAUGAUAAGAUUUACAAAUCCUUCAAGGACACCUACAAGAUCGUAGCCUUCAUGAUGACAGUCGGCAUGAUAUAUCCGAACCCAAAAAACAUCAAGCUUCGAAUUACUGUGAUCUUGUUCGUGUUACUGAGCACAGCGCCGAUGUGUUUCAUAAUAUUGGUAGACAUCUACAACUCAUUCUGGAGAAGAGAUAUUUUCAACAUCAUAAGGCAUAGCACGAUCGUUGGACCUUUCUUUGGAGGACUACUCAAAAUGUUCAUAAUGCUGUACAAGACGGACACAGCGAAAGCAUUAAUGGAUGAAAUCGACAAAGACUAUCAGAAAUUUUGCAAACUACCAAAAAAUUACACAAAAAUCAUUGACAUCAGGAUAGCUGAUAAUAUAUUUUACAGCGAGAAAUGUUGGGUUUUGACUGUUGUUACAUGCACCAUGGUGUUCCCAGGAACCGCUGUUGUAACGACCAUAUACAACUGCCUAUUCUCUGACUGCCAAAAAGUCAUGAUACAUGAGGUCGCAAUCCCAUACAUAGAACUGGAAACUAAUUACCAAACGCCAGUUUAUGAGCCGAUGUUUGUGUACCAGUUAUAUAUAUGCGCUAUAUUCAUCGUAACUUUUGUUGGUUUGGAUGGUUUCUUUGGUCUGUGUGUUAAUCACGCCUGUCUGAAAAUGGAGUUGUAUUGUAAAGCUGUUGAAGAGGCUUUGGGUGGGGAUGACGAAGUGAUGAUGAGGAAUGCUGUCGUUGAAGUUAUACGGGAGCAGAACAGGACAGCGAGAUAUACUGAAUUGAUACAGGAGACUUUUAACAUAUGGUUGGGCAUCAUAUUGUUGGCUACUAUGAUACAGAUAGGAACUUGUAUGUUCAAAUUAAUAGAGGGCGGUGACAUGGAUUUUAAAUACAUUGUAUUCACUAUAGGGAUCAUAAUACAUAUUUAUCUGCCGUGUAGAUACUCGGCUAAGCUGAAAGAUAUGUCUACAGAUACAGCGACUCUUAUAUACUGUUCGGGCUGGGAACAUGUUCCUUCAAAGACUAUACGAAGAAUGAUACUAUUCAUGAUAGCCCGAGCCCAGAUCCCUACAGAAAUAACAGCUAUAAACAUAUUAAUAUUCGACAUGAAUCUGUUUGUCAGAAUAAUGAAUUCUUCAUAUUCAAUGUACACUUUACUUAGAUCUUAG